AUGCAACCCUCAAAAGACCAUACCAAACAUGUACGGGCGUUUUUCAGAAAAGCUCAACAGUUGCAGCCCGAAACUAGAAUCCGGCAAAACAGAGAUUCUGAAGUCCUGGAAGCAGUUCACACAGCUAUCGAAAGUCUGAAAUUGUGCCCUAAUCGACUCUGGGCAGUGACCAGGAAUCUCCCUGAUGGCUUGGAGAAUAUACCGCGCGGCUCUUUCCGCCCGGGCAAAAAGUGCGAUUAUUUCCGCGAACAAGAACGAGUCAUGACCAAUGUAGCUUUCAAUUCUCAUUUUCCGAGUCAGGUUCUGAAUGAAGCUGCGCGACUGGGAGAAUGUACCGCAUGGAACUUCACCGGGCAGUCUUUGGUGAGACAGCCUGCCGGCUAUAUGGCCAUCUCUCACGUAUGGUCUGAUGGAACUGGAACCGGAGCAUGGCCAGAGAAAGGGGUGAACCGCUGCCUCUGGCAUUUCUUUAUACGGGUUGCAAAAACACUGCAAGUCUCCGGAAUCUGGUGGGAUACAGCUAGCCUCCCCAGAGACAAAACAGCACGUGCCAAAGCUAUCAGCCGAAUGCACCGCAAUUACGAAGACGCGCGUGUCACAUUUGUCCAUGACUGUUUUCUUCGGGAGAUAGAUUGGGACGACAGUGACCCUCGAGCUGCUGCGGAAGGCGCCAGCCUCGCCAUCAUUAUGUCACCCUGGUUUGGUCGAGGCUGGACAGCUUUAGAGCUGGCAAAAUCAUCAAAGGUCAAAAUAAUGUUCAGAAAAGGGAAAAGGUAUAUCUUGAAGGAUCUGGACAACGACAUUCUCAGUGCGUCAACGGAUCAGACACCUGCUUACCACAUAGCGACUCAAGCCAUUCAAAAUCUGAGACGGGGUACGAUCACAAGUAUCGACGAUCUUUUGGCAAUCCUUGGCCCUCGUUCUACGUCUUGGAGUAGGGAUCUAGCCGUCAUCGCAGCGUUGCUUACUGGAAUUGAAUUCACCAGUACCGACUCCCAACAAGAAAUAUAUCAAACUAUUCUACGAAAAAUUGGCAGAGUAUCCCACAGACACCUCUUCCAGAACUCUGCUACAAUGUCGAAAGGCUUUAAUUGGUGUCCUGCCAACAUACCCAAUAUGCCUUUCGCUUCACGCCCUGCCUCGCUGCUUGUGGAAGACAACGGCAAUCUGGUCGGCACCUGGAAAGUGUUUCAGAUUGGCAGCAUUUCCAAACGCGUGCUGGCUUGGAUUGGUGUUCCUCCCCUGACUGGAGUGGCGAUACGUUCAGCUUUGGAAAAUCCCAAUCAGCAUGUCUUCAUGGUAGAGCCGGACGGGAAAGACUUCGCUGGGGCCCUGCUUGUAAAAGUCCUGGGUCGUCACAGAAUGUUUCAAAGACUCUGUAGCAGAGAUGUAGGAUUUUUACCAUUUCACCCUGCCCAAAAUCUGCAGGCCAAAACUACGAUCAACUUGGAAGUGGGCUUGGGUGAUACAGAUAUGAUAGAGCAAGCGGACAAAUAUGUUCAGCUGCCAAUACACCUGGCGGCAGAGCGGGGGCAUGUCAAUGUAGUCAAAGCAUUGAUGGCUAAGUCAACGAACAUCAAUCAGAGAAGCAUCGGUGAUGAACAGACCGCACUACAUAUCGCGGCUUGGAGCGGCUCACUGGCAGUUUUCCGUCUGCUUGCUGCAAAGUCUGCUCUCGACCUAAUGGACAACCGUGGACAAACAGCGUUACACAUUGCAGCCGCGCUUUCCUAUUUGCCCGUGGUAAGCCUCCUGUUACAACGGGGCGCGAAAGUCUACGCCAAAGACGAGCGCGGCUGGACUCCAAUGGCAUGGGCGGCCCGCAACUGA